AUGAGUUCGACUGAAGCAGAAGCCGGCCAGUCGACGACGGGCAACACGCAGGACGCAACGGGCCAUGGGAACUUCAAAUUCGUCGUUCUAGAGCGACCAGCAGAUGCCAAAUCCCGUGGAUAUCGCAAACAGGUGCGGUCCUACAUCACCACCGAGCAGCAUCGCCGCGCCAGGCAGGAUGCGGCGAACUUGAGCACCCGCUCACGGAAGUUCAUCCCAUCUGCAGGCGACGACGGCCGAAAGCACGCAGUCAAGAAGCGAAAGCAGACCAAACGACAGAAGACUGAAAAGCCCGAACCGCAAGAGGAUCAGAGAAAACCCAACCCGAUCAAUGCUAAAGCCUUGCCGUCUUUCCAGAACGCGGUAGUCCCUGGGAGCCCAGUGUGGAAGUCAUUCUCGGACGGCACAGCGGCGUUUCAAGCCUUUGCUCUGGAUGACCCUCUGAACAUUGUGGGAAGAGGAUUGAAGAGGCUCAAACUUGACGUCUCGUCUGUUCUGAAAUUCUACGCUGGCAUUGUCGCUUUACAGGCAGCAGAUUUCGAGUCCCACUUUGCGAGAGAAAACAGCGUGAUCAAAUCCGGAGAGGCUUACGGCCGCUUUCUGUCCUUCAUCGGGAGAGAUCCAGUCGUUCUCACAACCUCCAUCCUGCUCACCACGCAACACCUGCUUUCGCCUCUGGGCGCACCACUUCGUGAGACAGAAUCCUAUUACAUCCUCCAGCUGGAGGGCCAUCUCAUACGCAGUAUCAACGCCGCGCUGGACGAUCCGAUCCGCUCCAUCUCGAACGAGCUGAUAGUUGCAGUGACGCUGCUGGCAGCUUAUGAGCUCAAGCGCGGCUCUCUGCAGGGGUACCACCUCCACAUGGGCGCGAUUGUCCAGAUGUGCAAGCAACGAGGAGGCCUGGCUGAAAUUGGACUGGCAGAUCCGUACCUCGAACGACUGAUCAUCUGGCAAGAUGCUAAUUGCGCUCAAAUAGCUGGCUGUCAGAGCUACUGCAAGGCUAUCGGCCAGUCGUCCAUGGUGUCUCCCCCGAAGCCAGACGAGGCGAUGUUUCGGGCCACGAAGGUGCUCUCGUAUGAUUCGUCAAAGAUGGCUCCAACGAUGCUCAGGGAGUCAACACCAGCAGAGCCAUCCGCGACAGCUCCGGACACGUCUUGA